AUGUGCAUGGUUCAUGUCGCCACUCCCUGGGACCCGACCGGAAACCAAAUGAAAUAUCAGAAGAAGGCGCCCUCCAAACUUGAGCUGCAUUUAUGGGAUAACACGAAAGAUGCUUCCGAUGUAUAUAGAGGCUUUCCCAAUGGAGCAUGCGAAGUGCAGAUGGAAAAGGAAUUUCCAAGCGGGUAUAGGAGGGCAGGAACGAUUCUGCUGACUCCGAUGACCGACACAGGAGCACCUGGACGGUAUUUGCAUGGCAAAAGCUGUGUUCCAAGACCUAACUUCAGGCCAACCUGCGCCCGCGCCCUCGCGGCCCGAUUAUGGCAGAUUGCCUGCAUUGCAGCGCUGGAAGGUUUUUACAAAGUCUGA